AUGUUCAGGAAGAAGGCUGGACUGGGAACCCUCAGUCUCCUAGGGAACAAGGAGCGAAAGAAGCUGCGCGAGCAGGCGCUGCGGGCUUUGCCGCUGCUUGUCGAGGCGGAUUUUGAUCUUCUGCUCCCCCCCAAAGACGAGAUUUCUGUCGCAAAGCUCCAGUUUCCCCCCGCCUCUUCGGGACCUGCCUCGGGCGCAGCGACGGGGCCGUCCUUGACGAACUCGCGCGGCAGCAAUCGAGGGACAGUCUACUUGUGUCGAGGGGAGCCCAUUUUCUUCGAGGUCAAUGGCGUCAUCCUGCCUUCGGUGUAUGCGCUGUGGCAAUGUCCGGAAAUGCUCCCGACGUUCGUCGUCCACGCACCGGUUUCCUCCUUCAUCCUCAAGGGGGCUGACUUGAUGCUUCCGGGGAUUAUCUGGACUCUCACGCUCCAGGGGCUGGAGACACAGAAGGCCGAAAAGGCAGAAAACCCCGACGGGCGAUCCCUGCCUCCAGGCAUCGAAGCCAUGCAAGUCUGGAGUGUACGCGUCGCCGGCAAUCCCGCCGUUUCCGCCGCGUCGCUGCAACACCUCGCCGGCAAGGGAAAGGCCCUCGAAAUGGUGCAUGCCUACGGAGACGGACUGUGGCAGAUCGGCUCUCAGUCGUCACCUAACAGUCUCUUCACUGCCAAGCAGGUUCUUGGCGACCCGCACCACGCGGAAACUGCGGUGUCUCUCGCGUCGGUCGGCGCGGCGCCUUCAGCGGCCCGCCCUCCUGAGGGAAAGGCCGCCUCAGCCUUCCCGGACGACGACGGCUGGGACAGCAAUCCGGAAGACGGCGAGAAGCGAGAGGCAACAGACGCCGGAGAGGAAGAGGGGAAGACAGGCGUAGGCGAACCUGGCCCGCCCUCAGAGCCAGGCACCGACGAAGAAGAGGGACGAGAAGGAGAGGGAGAAGAGGGCAGGGGGGAGGAGGACGAGAGGGACGAAGCCAGCACCCAGGCACUGGCCCACACGGACAGGCAGCCUGCCGCGUCUGCGCCGACAUUACCUACAGAGAAAAAGCGUAAAAUCGUUCUGCCUGAGAGACGCGCCUUGCCGUUCAAGUUCAUGCGAGACUGCGCCUGCCCCGUUGCCGGGUCUUGUUUGGUUCUUCGCGUCCCCAAGAGGAAGCAGCGUCAUGACGGGGACUUUUCUGCCUGGGCCGCGACCGACGUGCGUGGUACAUCUGAGGCCGUGGCUUUCCGCAUGCAGGUUAUGGACGAAUACUUGCGCCUCUGCGCUCUGGAGGUGCUCCACGCCAUUUCCGACGAGCAGCUCCCGAUGGAUAUUUCGGCCCUCAACAGGCAAGAGACGCAAAGGAACACAAGGCAAAAGGGAAGGCGGACGGAGACACAGAGAAAGAAAUGGAGACACACAGAGAGAGCGGUUUACCCUGGGAAGGUUUUGGAAGCGGAAAAGGGCGAGGCAGACGCGAAGAAGAAGAGUUGCAAAAUUGCAGCAGAAGCGCCUGCGGUGUAUGUAGAGAAGUUGCGGGCCGCUGAGAAGCCUUCGACGUUUGUAGCCCCAGACGUGCGCAAGACGUCCCACAAAAAACUCGUGAAGUUCGUGCAAUCCCUGUCGAAGAAGAAACUCCUGCAAACGAAGGAAACGCGCGGGGCGGUCGCCAUGGUCAAAGUGAACCGCAGCCACCCGCAGUAUGUCGAAUAUAAGCCGAUUCCGGAGAAGACGAAGAAGAGGAUUCUCGAGCGCUUCGCGGCCGAGGAGACCGGCGGCGCCUCGCCUUCGGUCGCGGCGGGCAACGGACCUGGAGGCAGUUGUGUGGAAGAGCCAGGAGACAGGAGACAGCCCGGCCGCGUUUCCGCAGGCGGCGGCGCUGCUGCUGGCGGGAACGCCGUAGCCGGCGGAGACUCAGGGCCUCUCGUUUUGGAAUUCUGCACGCCUCCGCAGAAGCUCUCGAAGGUGUUCACAGCCAUGCAAGUUCAAACGGGCAAAGACACUUUUUUCACGUUUGCCGAGGCGAAAGAGGUACUCACGCGGUAUCUAGAAGCGGCGCAAGAGGCGAAGAAGGAAGGGGCUCACGCGAGUGACAAGUCGGAGGAGAAGGGGAGACGCAAAGAGCUCCGCAGUGACGAAGUCGUUGUGGACGGUGUGCUGAAGGACGCGCUCUUGACUAAGGAGGAGUUGGCGAGUGCAAAGGACAGCGCGGAAAUGAAGAUGAAGAAGGAAGAGGUUUUCACCAGGUGGCUAGCAGCGCUGCAGCCUUGCUACGUGAUGGUCCCCCCCGGCGCGCCCCGGGACCUCGACGUCUCCACUCUCAAAGUCCACAAAGGCGCUUGGGUACCCGUAAGGAUUUCAGUGGAAGAUCGUUUCGGAGGACGAAAGCAUGUGACGCACGUUGUUGGCGUGCAUGCAUUUCUGCUCGAGCCGAAGACAGUGGCGGAGUAUCUGCAAAAGAAACUCGCUGCAGCCGCUUCGACCUACGCGUUGCCUGGUCAAAAGGAGCAAAACGCCAUCGCCAUUCAGGGAAACAUGGCGAGUGCCGUGGCAGAGGCGCUCGUCGCCCACUUUAAACUCGAUCGCAAGUACCUCGUGAUUGAGCAGAAGAAGCCGAAAUCUGGAUCCUCACGGAAAUAG